GGUGUCCCUGGCACCUGCGAUUGCUCCGUCGAGCACCUCCCAGGAUUCAGGCGCGUUUGAUUCAGGGACGGACAGUAUUCACUCGGAACCACUUCGCACUGGGACCGGGAUAUGGGCAGCGAGGUCGCCCUUUCAAUCGUAUGUCAAGUGCAAGGUCCUCUCGUGGUGUAUCUCGGAGCUCACGUCCUGAAAUAUGCUCGACUAUGACGUCUGAUGGAAUGGAUGGCUCAGACACCGAAUCAUCUCCAUUGCCAUGUGUAACCCCGCCCUUGCAAAGACUCCGCCGGAUCACAAUGCACAGAAGUGCACCGUCAUCUCCUUUCUAUGACGGACAGAACCCCGCUUUCGGACUGAACAAUUUCUCCAACCACCGGGUUCCACAUGCAAGGCCGUCCCUGCAACGACAACGUCGCAUCACAUUGCAUGGAGACUCUACUUCACCCUUCUCCUCUAACGACCUCAGCUGGCCUCAACUGUCUCAUUUCCUGCCUAAUGAUGCCGGUUAUUCCAGCAUGCCAGCCCCUCCUUCGCUUUUUGCUGAAUCAUUUCCCCCCUCAAUACCUUCGGGUUCGGCUUUCAGUUCAGGUUCGGAAUACAGCGCGCCUGAUGCUAGCCUUCUGUCACCGCCAUCUAUGAUGCAGAUGCCGUUUCCGUCCAUCCCUCAAACAUCUACCGUUGACGUUUAUGACCCCACAUCCUCUUCCAUGCGCUCUUACUCUUCACAUGACCCUUCACUUACUAUGGAGAUGGGUCAGUACUGUGGAUCACUGGCAUCCACACCUCCGAAUCAGUCCAUUUCCAGUCCGGACAAUCCUUGGGGCAUCCCAGCUGGGUCUUUCAGCGUUAUGAGUAGUCCCAACAACCCCUCCCUCAUAAAUCCUUCAGACAUUGCUACCAGACAGCCGACACAGGGUACAAGAAAUAUCACAGAAUAUGAUCAGUUGUUUCUCCACGACCCUCGUAAUACGUAUUCUGCAGGAGUUAAUCAAGUAAAUUACGACAUCCCACCUUACGCCGGGUCUCCCUUCAGUAGCAGCUCUUACACUUCAGAAAAUUACACGCCGUAUCAAAUGCUACUGGACUAUAACCCAAUCCCCCAGACUGCGCCAUCUCUCCGCUACUCUCCGGGACCCCAAAAUGCUCUACAACUAGAGUUUAGUACAGCAACUACGGACUUGCCGACCGCCGACGUGUCGGAGACUGGCCCCCUCGACCCCGAAUUGUUGUUGAUGGACUUUUAUGUGCCCCAAAAUACUAACGAGCAAUAAUGUUUUCCUUAAGAUCUCUCUUGAAUCUAAAACAAUGACUACUGUAGCCUAUAGUAUUCUUAUUUCUUAUAUACCAAAUUCCUCGUUAUCAAGUAUUACCAUUAGCUCUUUACUAGUUUUACUCUUCAAUACUACAGUAGCGAAAUUUUGUGCAUCAUCAAAGGUAGAGAUGGCGGAACCUCUUCGCUGUUACCAUAUCGAGACUUUAUCGGGUGGACGCUCCCGGUGGUACAAACACCGCCAAACUUCAACGUCCUCUUCCGCCCAUCAUGCCCGUUCCGUGGGAAGCAUUACUUCCGUUCGGUAUGGACACAACUUCCAGAUAUCUUCCGAGCCCACUCACACAUCUCAUACAGCACUCGCUACCGUUAUGAUCAGCGCGGCUGGUACACUGUUUUCAGCAUCCCAGCGUUUCCAGAAC